UCCGGUAAAGAUCGCGGGCCUUCUGGCGCCGUCCUGGGCCGAGGUGCGCUCCGGGAGCAGCUCAGCCUGGAGCCCUGGAAUCGCCUGGUGGUGUCCCAUCCAAGCCUUAGCCAGCCCAGCCUGCCUUAACUUUCUAGCUCAGCCAAGGGAAUUUCCUUUCUUUGGUAACUGACCAACAUGUCAGAAGAGGUCAUCGUCCCAGUUUACUGCACCGGAGUCUCCGCUCAAGUCCAGAAGCAGCGGGCAAAGGAUCUGGGUCUGGGGAAACAUGAGAAUGCAGUCAAGCAUUUGGGUCAAGAUUUUGAGACGCUUCGGAACGAAUGCCUGCAGAGCAGGGCUCUGUUCCGGGACGAAACCUUCCCCGCCACAGCCUCUUCGCUGGGUUUCAAAGAACUGGGGCCAAAUUCCUCCAAGACGUACGGUGUCAAGUGGAAACGGCCAACGGAAAUGUGCCGCAACCCCCUUUUCAUUGUAGACGGAGCCACGCGUACCGAUGUCUGUCAGGGAGCCCUGGGGGACUGUUGGCUCUUAGCUGCCAUUGCCUCGCUCACGCUGAACGACCCCCUUCUCCAUCGCGUGGUGCCCCAUGGGCAAUGCUUUCAGAAUGGGUAUGCUGGUAUCUUCCACUUCCAGAUUUGGCAGUUUGGGGAAUGGAUAGAUGUGGUGGUGGACGAUUUGCUCCCGACAAAAGAUGGCAAGCUGGUGUUUGUGCAUUCUGCUGAAGGCAAUGAGUUUUGGAGCGCCCUGCUUGAGAAAGCUUAUGCCAAGCUGAAUGGCUGCUAUGAGGCCUUAUCUGGAGGAAGCACCUCAGAAGGCUUUGAGGACUUUACAGGAGGUGUUACCGAGUGGUACGAUCUCCGGAAGCCUCCCAGCGAUCUCUUUCAGAUCAUUUUGAAAGCCCUGGAGAGGGGAUCUCUCAUGGGAUGCUCCAUUGACAUCACGAGUGCUUUUGACAUGGAAGCGGUCACCUUCAAGAAGCUGGUGAAGGGCCAUGCUUACUCAGUCACCGGAGGUGAGCAGAUCAACUACCGAGGUCAGCGGGUCAGCCUGAUACGGAUGCGAAACCCGUGGGGAGAGGUAGAAUGGACUGGAGCUUGGAGUGACAGUUCGGGAGAGUGGAACGUAGUGGAGCCGGCUGUCGGUCAGCAGCUGAGAGUUAAAAUGGAGGAUGGGGAAUUUUGGAUGUCCUUCCAGGACUUCCUCCGUGAGUUCUCUCGCCUUGAGAUCUGCAACCUCACGCCAGAUGCCCUGAAGUCCCGCAAAUUCCGGAAAUGGAACACCACGCUGUACGACGGCACUUGGCGGCGAGGGAGCACGGCCGGUGGCUGUAGGAAUUACCCAGCCACAUUCUGGAUUAACCCGCAGUUUAAAGUUCGCCUGGAUGAGAUCGACCACGAGGGCGAAGACGGGCGAAGAGAGCCGGGGUGCAGCUUCGUUCUGGCCCUGAUGCAGAAGCACCGUCGCCGGGAGAGGCGGUUAGGCAAGGACAUGGAGACCAUCGGCUUUGCCGUCUACGAGGUGCCCCCGGAGUGCAAGGGGCAGCCUUCAGUCCACCUGAAGCGUGACUUCUUCCUCUCCAAUUCUUCCCGGGCCCGGUCAGAGCAGUUCAUCAACCUGCGUGAAGUCAGUACUCGUUUCAGGCUGCCACCAGGAGAGUAUAUUGUGGUCCCUUCGACAUUUGAGCCCAACAAGGAAGGAGAUUUUGUACUCCGGGUCUUCUCGGAGAACAAAGCUGGGACGGUGGAGAUGGAUGAUCAGAUCCAAGCCAACCUUCCAGAUGAGAAAAUACUUUCGGAAGGUGAGAUCGAUGAAGGCUUUAAGCAGCUGUUUAAGCAGUUGGCAGGGGCGGAUAUGGAGAUCAGCGCGCGGGAGCUGCAAACCAUCCUCAACAGGAUAAUUGGAAAACAUAAAGACCUGCGCACGAAAGGAUUCAGCUUGGAGUCCUGCAAAAGUAUGGUGAAUCUCAUGGAUAGAGAUGGAAAUGGGAAACUUGGCUUGGUGGAGUUCAAUGUCCUUUGGACUAAGAUUAAAAACUAUCUGGCAAUCUUCAGGAAAUUUGAUUUGGACAAAUCAGGAAGUAUGAGUGCCUAUGAAAUGAGAAUGGCUCUGGAGUCUUCAGGUUUCAAACUGAACAAGCGACUCUAUGAAUUGAUCAUCACCCGCUACGCGGAGCCGGAUCUGGCCCUUGACUUUGACAGCUUUGUCUGCUGUUUAGUGCGGCUGGAAACGAUGUUCCGGUUUUUCCAAGCCUUGGACACAGACAAGGACGGCAUCGUCACGUUUGACUUGAUUAAGUGGAUACAACUGACCAUGUUUGCCUGAAAAAUAUACGAAGAACGUCCCAUGCAAUUCUCUGGACUUUCCUUCUCCCUGGACGUUUUAUUCUGAGGGUUGAGGAUAUUCUUACCCACAAGUGCCUUGCAUUAUGCUUUUCACUGUUUCCAAAUAGAGGAGACACACGCAUGCCAGCCUCCGACUUGGCAUCACUCCGCUUCCUGCACGGGCUCCUACCAGACCUGGGGACCUUUUUUGAAUCCAGCUUCAUUUCAGACUCGCGUCUUGAGGAACACGUGGUAUGACGCCGCCAAGGAAUCACACUGCGCUCUGCCAAAGCCACAAAGCUGCCUUGCCAAGCAACCGACAUCCCGAUCCACUUUAACACGGAGUUUACGUCAGCGUUCCCCAGGCUAACAGCAUCAUUUGGAUUACCUCAGCCUCGGCAGGAUACAACAGCCUGGAAAACUCUGCUUUUUGGGAGCCGGGAUUUGGCCUUCCUGAAACUGUGUUGUGGAUGUGUUGGUUUGUGGGGGAAUACUGCAAAGUGUGCUGCAGCAUGUGAAAGUUGCAUCUGAAGCCAGGAAAGGGGCUAAUUUGUGGUAUAUACAUUUGAAACAAAGUGCUAAUUUCACAUUUUUGAGCCAAUCCAUGAAACGAAGCUUAGAUUUUCUUCAGGAUUCGCACUUCGGGAAAUCUUGCAACGCAGCUUGACAAGAAUAUACAGGUAGUCCUCAGUUAACGACGGCAUUUGGGACUGAAGUUCCUGUCGCUAAGUGACACAGUCAUACAGCACAACAUCAAGUGGCCGCACCACUUAGCGACAGCAGUUCCAGCACUUCCAAUAGCCGUUGUUAAGCGAAUCCCGCAACAUCACGUGGUUGCCAUCUGUGACCUCCUGCCGGCCUCCCCAUUGCUUGUUGGAAACCAGCAGUGAAGAUCACAAAUGGCGAUCCUGUGACUGUGGGGACGCUGUGAUGGCCGUAACUUUGAGGACCGGUCAUAAGCUCGAAUGGUCGCUGAAUGAGUGGUCAUUAAGCAAGGACCACCUGUAUAUUUUUAAGCAUAUUAGGAAAGGGCCUAUGCAAAAGGUGCAUGCAUUCCUAAAAAUAGUCUAUAAAAUGAAUCUCUUAGUUGUCUCCGGUUUGCAGAAACUGGGCACGUCAGGCAAAAUUGCAGACAAAAAUGUGUAUCGUAAAUCUUGCUGCUGAUGUGAAGUGAUGGGGAAUCAGGCAUCUUUGUCAAUUUAUAGCUGAGCACUUCUGUCUGUAGCUCCUCUUAUUUUUUUCUUAAUACAGCUUUGUGUUACAGGCCAUCCCUCCCCCUUCGGUGCCAUCACUCCGAGGAGUGCUAACAACCGGCAAUUACACUCCUCCUUGUCCCCAGCGGAGCAAGCAAUAUUUCAUGCCUUUUCUUAUGCAUGUGUGUGUUUAUAUAUAAAUAUAAAUAUCUAUAUCUAUCUAAUUUGUUUUCCUGGAAGCUCCUCUAAGCAUUCCAGUGCCUAAUCAGCCUCCCUUCCGGGCCCAUGUUGGAGACUUUCCUUCCUGCAGAGGUCAGUUGGGGAAUUUUGGUGCCUAAAGACUGCAGCUGUUACACAUGCCUUGCCUGCCUCAUGCGCUUGCUGCCAAAUAUUUUUAAUGGGAGCGGAGUUUGUGUUGUAACCCUCUUCAGGGUUGCUAGAUGUAUCCCGUUCUGGGAGAACUUUGAAGGCCACCGAGUCACUGCUUUGACAUCGUCGAAAUAUCCUGUGUUGGGGAUUUGAUUUUAUGCUCUCUUGAUGUAACCGGGUACUACCGUUUAUAUUCUUCUGCAUGUUUUUUAUUGUAGAAAAUAGAUUUUGUUUCCCUGCCAAAAUAAAGCAAAUUAUGGUAUGCUUAACACCAGUAAGCUGGGGUCAUA